AUGGCUCAAAGUAAGUUGAAUGAUAUGGCAGGGAAAUUCGCCAAAGGUGGACCUCCCGGCCUUGGUAUUGGAUUAAAAGUAGUUGCCGUUGUCGGUGCAGCCGCUUACGGAAUUUCCCAAUCUUUAUUUACUGUUGAGGGUGGACACCGUGCGAUCAUGUUCAACAGAAUAGGAGGUGUUCAACAGGAGGUUAUGGCUGAGGGACUGCAUUUCCGCAUCCCUUGGUUCCAAUACCCCAUCAUUUACGACAUCAGGUCACGUCCUCGCAAGAUUUCUUCUCCCACUGGUUCAAAAGACUUGCAAAUGGUUAACAUUUCACUGAGAGUACUAUCCCGUCCAGACUCCAACUUUCUUUCCACUAUGUACAGACAACUGGGUACCGAUUAUGAUGAGAAGGUAUUACCUUCCAUUUGUAACGAAGUUUUAAAAUCAGUUGUUGCUAAAUUCAAUGCUUCCCAGCUUAUCACUCAGAGACAGCAAGUAUCUCUAUUGAUUAGAAGAGAAUUGGUUGAGAGAGCUGCCGAUUUUAACAUAAUUUUGGAUGAUGUAUCACUCACUGAGUUAAGUUUUGGUAAAGAAUAUACAGCUGCCGUAGAAGCUAAACAAGUUGCUCAACAAGAAGCCCAGCGCGCUGCUUUCGUUGUUGAAAGGGCUAAGCAGGAGCGUCAACAGAAGAUUGUACAAGCAGAGGGAGAGGCCGAGGCUGCCGAGAUGUUGGGUAAAGCCAUGGGAAUGAACCCCGGUUACCUAAAGCUGCGUAAAAUCAGGGCCGCACAAAGCAUAUCUCGUAUGAUUGCUCAGUCUCAGAACCGAGUGUUCCUGCCCGGUAACAGUCUUAUGAUCAAUCUUCAAGAUCCCUCCUUCGACGAUUUAUCAGAAAAGCUCACAAAGAAGAAGUAA